AAUUGGUCAGUAUUAUAUGAUAAACGAGCGAAUCGAGGGAUACUAUGAUUGAAACUACAGUCCAGUUGUUUCCCACCCUCCGCCCCUCCCUCCCUGCCUGUAGAUUUGAACGACCUCCGGUGCUCCUUAAAUAAGUCUCAGAUGAAAACAUGUCCUUGCUGUUGGCGGUGACACGAGUGAUUGUUUCACGGUGUACUGCUGUACUUUGUAGACAUGGAAGUCAAGAAUUGCAGUUUUGGUGCUCGCCAGUACAGUUGUUGUUGUUGGUGGUAAGUCAACCUGGGAGACGACAUGCAUGCGCAUCUUCUGGCUGGUGGUGGUGGAACUUGCCCCCGCCCGCCUUUCCUUCCGCCAUGAGCCCACAACACAAGUUCCCAGCAGCCCUGGUCCCUGAAUUCCUCCCUGCUGGUCAAUUCGUAGUUGUACCUGCGGAGGGCCGAGGGAGGUUGCUUUGCUGCUGCUUUCAUCGCUAUCAGCUUUUGUGCAACGACAAUUCUCUCACGGAUUCUUCCUCCUUCGACAGCUACCCGAGAAUCUAUUGUGCCCAAAAAGCUGUGGACUGUCCGGGCGAUGCAGUCUCGAGGCUUCUUCUGUCAAGCCAGGAUAAGCCGUGAGCAUGCAAAAGUCUUCGGAUUUCGACUGCACUCAGAUCGAGAAGGGAGCAUUCGCAUGCGCCUUCCAUUCUUCACAGGCUUCCAAACGCAAUUCGUGUGCUCAAUUAAACAAAGGUACUGCCAGAGGGAGAACCUGAAGGUCCUUCGAGUCUCAUCCCAAUGGCCUGACCCGAUUAGGUCACCAAGCGCCAAGUAGGGCACAGAGGAAUUCUGCGGGAGCUUUCUUCAAUCUGGACUGCUAUCGAAGUAGGAUCUGCUUUAGCGUACCUUCGUGCGGAUGUAUGUCAGUGUCUGCUCAAUUUCCCGGAGGCAUUGCUCAUUGAGAUGAUUCCCUUCUCAGAGCUUCGAAUUCUCUCAGAAUCACAACGAGAAUACUGACACCGAUCAGAACAAUUCGCCUGUCGAGAAACUUUUAACUUAUUUCGUUGCUAGACAAUUCCAAUGGAUUCCGGAG